GGAACAUUGGCAAACAUCUUGCGAGACGUGAUUUUCAAGGUUCGUCAAGUCCGUCAUAAAUGGAGCGCGGGAGGAACGUAGGCGGCGAAACGUGGAAGCGGGGAACGCUCGCGAAGAAACGCAGAGAAACGUACGGAGACGGGUCUAAAGAUGAAAAACAACGGUCGACUUGAACCAUCGGAGAUACUAGUCGUGUUAUUUUAUGUAUUCGUGUGAGUUACGUAGGUGUAAUACGGUCGUGAACGCGUUACAGGAGGAGCACGGGGAGCAAGAGGCGAAGGCUGAGGCAGGACAGAGAGAAAUAGGCGGAAUGAGUUCAUCUCCGCUAAUGCAACGAGCUAAGUUAACUCGCACAUCCUUCUUAACGUGCAUAACCUAGCGAUUAUGCGAGGCACGCCGAGUCCGCCGGCCGGCGAAUAUUCGAGUAAUCGCUCUGCGAUGUACGAUUGUCGAAACCCGUAUAGACGAUGCCGUGUCAUCGCUCGGACCAACCAGCGGAAUUUCGAAAGUGACACGCCGCUCUAUACUACGUUUAUGGCUGAAUUUUGAUAACGAACAGCAGAAUCCGGAGUUCGACCGCGGGAGGAACCAGGAGUGCGCCGAAUAAAUGACGUAAAUCCGAGGAACGGAAACGCAACGUCACUCGCUAACUCGCAACCCCCCUUCCCCCUACCGAACCUCCCCCAUUCUGUCUUUCUCUUUUACCGUUUCCACGUUUCUCCUGUCCCACCCCCCUUCCCUUUGCCCGAUCCAGCACACCAUCACGGCCCGACCCCUCCACCACGUACGAUCUCCACGAUCCGACACACAACUGGACCCCUGACCCCGUGCCUCUUUACCCGCUUUGUCGCCUACCGCCUUCUUUCGUGCUUACUCUCAAAUCUGCUCCAACCUUCGAGUCUUCUUCCCCCUCCGUUUCUUUCCAACGUUUCGGUCCGACGUUCUCCUCCCAUCCACCGUUCCUCAGCAGUAUCACGCCACCGUUGCUCCUUAUCUCGCCCCCUUAUCUCGCCCCAUUCUCCAAGAAGCGCAACCGUGGCUAAGGUGAUCUUUCCGAAAAAUUCGAGAGCUCCGUUUUCUCUUACGGCCUACUACUACUAGUACUACUACUACUACUAUUACUACUACUACUACCUCCUCGGAGUCGUCCUUCCUCGUCCAAGUAGACUACACACAAGACACGCGUUAGCUUCAGAACCGGCUUGAAGGACACCACGACCGGCUUUUUGACACACACACACCUCUCUCUCUUUAUAUAUAUAUAUAUAUACAUAUUGUAUAUAUAUUAUAUUAUAUUAUAUAUAUAUAUAUAUAUAUCUGUGCAACAAAACUCGAAUGCAGCAACAAUCAGCCUAUAUAUUCGAUAAAGAACAAAAUCAACGCGUUCCUAGAGAGCAUACACUCGUUGGUCGACGUUUAUAGCUUCUCGAAGGCUUUCAAGCUUUGCCCAAACUACUACUACUUGCUCUAGUUGCUAAAGCGCCCUCCAAAGCUCUCCGAGUGCAUCGUGCGAAGAUAAAAGGAAGAUCGAAGCAAGUUGAAUAUCGGUAGGAAGAAUCAGAAAGGAGGGAGGAUCUUUCGUGCGCUAGCUUGUCUCUAGAGGCGAAGCAGGUCGACCGUGACAGAAGCUGGACGCAAAACGCCUAAAAACGCAGAAGCCAGAGCGCCUAAUCGCUGACAAUAUACACACAUAAAUAUCACCUCUUCUACUUCACUUUCUUUCACACCGUGAAAAUAUCUUCCUCUGCCAACUUUCCUCGAGUAGAAGGGUGCAACGCGUUCCUCUUCCAGCCAACCGUUUCUACGUGAAUCAUCGAAAGGGUCGAGACGCGACAAUCAACGUACACGUCUACCAAACUAGCUGGAAUUACAAAGUCUCUCUCUCGAAAGAAAAAGGAACGCCAACUGGCAAGCACAGAGCUAACCGAAACUCGGUCUCUGCGUUACGACUGAACGUACUGCGAUCGAUAACAACUGUGUUUGAUAAAGAGCAGCCGGGCGAUAACGGUGUGUGCGUGCGUGUGUGUGUGUGUGUGAUCAUCGGCGGUCUAAAUAUAGUUUAGAAUUUCUCGUAGAACUGGCGCUGACAAUCGCAAGCCUUUUACGCUACGCACGGUGUUCGAUAAUACGCGACAACGAAUCAUAGGCAAUUAAAACGGAGGAAAAAGAAAUCGAGAAAUUCAGAAAAGGAAAGGAUAAUCGAGAAGAAACGUGUAACGACGGGUUAAUUCGCGCUCGAAGAUACGGAUAAAGUAAAAGUCUUCGUUACGUCGUCGAUUACGUCGUCCGGUUUCCGCGAGUUUUUAAUCGUGAUUCAUCUACAAGGAAGAUCGUCCGAGCUCUCGCAAGAUCAUCGAAUCGCCACAGGACUCGUACAUGGGACAAUAAGAUCGCACCCUACUCAAACAAAUACUUCUUGCCUAAGCCGGUGCGAGUGAACAAGAUUAAAGAGUCGAGGCUACGUGGAAGAGCAGCAUACGGACAGCCACGGUUUACGGAGGAAGGAGGAUAAACUAGAGUCGGUAGAAAAAACCAGACUUUGUGUUAGUCCCUGCCUAAAGAAAGGAGUCCCGCGAUCUUCCAGGGCCAGAAAUUAUGGCAAUGGUCAACAUGAAUAACCUACUGAACGGCAAGGACUCUCGAUGGCUUCAGCUAGAGGUUUGCAGGGAGUUCCAGCGCAACAAGUGUACCAGGCCUGACACGGAGUGCAAGUUCGCCCAUCCACCAGCUAACGUCGAGGUGCAGAACGGACGGGUCACUGCUUGCUACGACAGUAUCAAGGGCCGAUGUAAUCGCGAAAAACCGCCGUGCAAAUAUUUCCAUCCACCGCAGCACCUGAAGGACCAGCUUUUGAUAAACGGGCGUAAUCAUUUAGCUCUGAAGAAUGCGCUGAUGCAGCAGAUGGGUCUUACACCGGCCCAACCAUUAGUGCCUGGUCAGGUACCAGCAGUGGAGGCACCGGCACCUCCGGCACCACACCAUCACCUUCAACAGCAAAUCCAGCAGCAACUUCUCGCUACCCACGCCUUUAUGGCGACGAAUCCGUACCUGACUGGUAUGCCUCAAGUUGGCAACACGUACAGCCCGUAUUUUGCGCCUAGUCCGAUCAUGCCAGCGAUCAUGGGCCCGGCGGAUCCAACAGGAGUCGGAAGCCCAUUGGGCGUGGUGCCGCAGACGGUGGCGAUGCCGCAGAAGAUGCCACGUACCGACCGCCUCGAGGUAUGUCGCGAGUUUCAACGCGGGGCGUGCAAACGCGGCGAGACGGAGUGCCGGUUUGCGCACCCCCUCGAGACGGUGCAGGCGAACGAGGACGGCUCUGUGACGGUCUGCAUGGACGCUGUCAAGGGCCGAUGCAAUCGGGACCCCUGCCGCUAUUUCCACCCCCCUCUGCACCUUCAAGCCCACAUUAAGGCCGCACAAUCUCGGGCUAGCAUUGCGACGGCGACUAUGCCGACGAACGUAGCGGGAAUGGGCGCGUUGGCUGGCGGAGUGUCAGGAGUGCCGGCAACUGCGGUUCCCGGAGGACUUCAGAGCGCCAGUAUAGCAAGCAUCGAACUCGGCAAGAAGCGGAUGCGCGACUCCAAUGAUGAUCUGCUAAUGAUGGACAUGAAGUCUGUCGGAUCGUUCUACUACGAGAACUUUGCCUUCCCAGGAAUGGUUCCGUAUAAACGACCGGCGGGCGACAAGUCCGGCAUGCCGGUCUAUCAGCCAACCGGCGCGACGACCUAUCAACAGUUAAUGCAGCUGCAGCAGCCGUUCGUGCCUGUGUCAUGUGAGUACACUGGAACACCACCCCUACCCACUCAAACCUCUAACCAAUCGGUCGUGCAACCCCCGAACGUGCAAAGCAACCACCACGCGGUGGUGGUUCAGUCCUCCUCCUCCUCUCAGGGAACCAGUGGCGCCACAGUGAAUAACUGCGCCGACGCCAACAAUGGCGUGCUGAUGGAUCCCUGCAACAAUCCACCGCCACCACCUCCAACCGCCGACAAUAACAGUAACAAUAGUAGCGGCAAUAACAAGCAGCCGAAUGCGACGCAGAAUCACGACGCGUCAGAAAACGCGCAUAACUCCCCCGAAUUGAAUCACGCGAGUCCCUCGACGAUUUCGCAACAACAACAACAACAACAUCAGCAGCAGCAACAGCAGCAGCAACAGCAACAACAACAACAACAACACCAACAGGCGCAACAUCAACAACAACAAGCUCAGCAGCAGCACCAGCAGCAGCAACAACACCAGCACCAGCAGCACCAGCAACAUCAAUUACAACAGCAGCAACAACAGAUACAGAAUCAAUUGGCAUUGUCGGCUGCUUCCGUGCAGCCCGCGAUGAGUCCAUUGACUUCAGUCGCUGGUCUGAGCUCGAUGCCAGGCGUGGUUAACAUGGCCUCCAUGGCCUCCAUGACGAACGUACCAUCGGUCACGAAUAUGGUAUCGAUGUCAAACUACAAUGCCUCGAACGUGGCUGGGUUGAACAUGCUCAACAGCCUCGGCAUGGCUUCCGGCUUGCCUACGCACCUCGAUCCUGCCGCUCUCGCGAAAGAGGUCGCCCAGAAGAAUUACGCGAAAGCCAUUAAGCUGUCUCAGGCGUCGCAAUCUUACGGUAUUAAUCAGCUUACCGCCCUGAAUUAUACCGGCGUAGCUUUGAACAAACAAGCUCUGGUGAAUCCAGCCGCGGCAGCUGGAAGUGCAGGGGUCGCCGGAUUACCGGCGACAACGGCGACACCUAGGCCGGUGAUUCCGAACCUAGCGGGGAUUCCCGGCGCCUUGGCCUCACCGCUCUCCGCUGGAAUCUUGGCCUACUCUAGACCACCCACCGGCGCUCCUAUCAAUCCUUACUCGUUGAUGAGGCAACAGAUCUUGCCAAAUCCUUACGUUCAAGCCUCGAUACCUGGGGUUCCUGGCGCUGCGGCCGCGGUUCAAGGUAAUCCUUACGUCCAAAAUCCCUACACGGUUCUACCGGGUGUCGCCAGCAUGCCUGGAGUCGCGGCUGGCGUCGCGGCGGCUGGUGUACCGGGUGUCCCACAGAUACCGCAGAUUCCAAAUCCGGCGACGAUCGCGGCGCAACCGCAGGUUGCUAUUCCAGUCAGCUCGGGCGUGAUCAUGCAGCCGUACAAAAAGAUGAAGACCUCGUAAAUGAAUUUCGUCGGACGAUCGGAGAGGGGGCAACACGUUUCCUCCUCUUCCACGUCUGCGAACGUUAUGGUUCCUUCUUCUGGGUCCUCUGCGUCCUCUCUUUCGAAUGGGAACGCCGCGCGCCGAUUCUUUCGGAUCUUCUUCGUGGUCUGGCGAUCUUCGAGAUAUCAGGGCCAAGGAGUUUUUUCGUGUGUGUUAAUUUUUAUUCGUUUGACGUAGCUUCGUAGAGUGACUCGUAGAAUAUGGAAUUGGAUAUCGAAGAUUAGAUCAACGUUGCCGACCUAUUUUUUCAUUUAGCGCGAAAGAUAAAUAUGGAGUUUAGCUAGAUAUAAACGUGUGUCGUUGUAGCGUACAAGGAAUUGAAUAUGUAAGGUGAACGCGACCGUUCCUGUUGAUGAAAGAGAGAAUAUACAGCGAGCGGAUGCGAAACGAGAAAUGAAACGUCGAAAUAAGGGAUGAGAAACGCGUAACAAAGAAAUAAACAAACAAACAAGAGUUCCGAAAAACGUAGAUUCAUUUUCUAGUCAGACAUUGUCGGUGAACAGUGCCUUAUCGACUCGAUUCCACUUGGAGUGUUUCGUAGACGUGUGUAACGCUUACACGCGACGAAUAGAAAAUAACGACGCGAGAACUUUUGACGAAUACGAUUCAACCUUUUUUCAUUUCUAACCCGUUUCGUUGUGGCGAAAGUAGCAAUGCCGAAACGUCCACGCACGGCGGUUCGAUUUGAUCGUUUCGCGUUUUAUUUUCCCCCGUUCUUAUCUAUUAUUUUCUGUCUUAAAUAGAGCGACUCGACACGAAGACUUGCCAAUUGCACGAGCCAUCGGAAUAAGUUUUUAAUCCCGACUAUCGCUUCUUCUUUCUCAUUUUUAUUUCUUUUUUUUUUUUUUUCUCUUUUAAACACGCUCUAGCUGUAUACUAUCAAACGUAUAACGUUUCUUUAUUUCCUUUAUUUGUAGCUUAAAGAGGAUGAAAAAUGCGAGUGACUUUACUGUUGCAACGUACCAGUGUACUGUUAUUUUGUACGAUAAGUACUAGGAGUGAGACGAAAAAUUUGUUUGUUUUCUUUUGUUCAGAAUAUUGUUUCGUUUGUUGUGACCUAUCGAAGAAAGAAUAUCGUUCCUUCGUCAGAUCAUCAGAUCGAUUAUUGUAUUCUAUAUAUAUAUAUAUAUAUAGGUGUUUGUUCUAUAUUACGUAUAUAAUAUAUUCUAUAUAUUUUUUAUUUUCUACGUGAAGAUGGACGGAAGCGAUGCUCGGCCUAAGUCACGUUACGCGGGUACACGAAACUUGCCUUUUUAAGUCAUAGAAUAUUGUUAAUCCCGUUGUAAUCUUUUCAGUUGGCCUGUUCAAGUCCAUUCUGAGUCGAUUACCGAUUAAUAUUAACUUAAUUGCUUACGUGUUAUUAAAAGUAAUGCAGUCCUGCGUGAAAUAUUUACAGAGGCACCGGAAUUCGCCGUACGCUGUAGCACAAAACUAUUCGGACACCAGUUCUUUCUUAGUGCGCGGUAAAAAAUGAUACGAGUUUUUAAAACUAACGUGCAAUAAUAAGAAUUGUUUCGUUAUUCAAAAUUACUUCCAGAUUGUUUAAUUCCUGAGCUGUGAGUCUGAUAAGAAAAUGUUUAAAAAUCAGAAUAUUUGACAAUGUAUAAGUUGUUGUGUUAACGCGUCUUGUUAUUAAUUCUAGUCUCAUAAGAUAAAUUUCUAAUCUCAGCUACGUAUUAUUUCGAUAUUUGUCACGGCAACGGACAGAGCUUUUACCUUUGAGGCAAUAGUGCCUGAAUACGUAAAUCUAUCAAGCACGUAAGAAAAGAAAACGCUUGAAAUUCGCAGAUUUAACGGAAACUUUUCCCGCUCACCUUGAACAAUGACGCGCAACGUUCGUUAUCACGAUUCUAGCCUGGCGUCACAAAAAUGGUUGCCACUACGAAUAUUUCGCGUCGGUCUGCGUUCAAUCCUUUAUAGUCGAAGUCUGUGGAAUUUUAUUCGCUAUAUAUUGUUCGUUUAUCGUUUCUCAGAUUUUAAUUAUUUUUAAUUAUUUAUCAUAGGUUACUCUUAAAGAAACGGAGAGGCGGAGCGGAAAAGAAGGGAAACAGUGAGACAAAGAGAAACGAAUUUUCAUCCUUUACGAAUCUUACAUUUUACUUCAGUAAGGAUAAUCGUACUUUUUCAGCAUCGUUUCGCCUUGAUAAUUGAAUCAAAUAAUUAAGCGCGUCGCGACGUUUCAAAAACUCCGAUCAUUGAUACUUGAGACUGGUGUCAUCGGAAUUGUCACUGAAAUUUCUACCGAUCCGAACUCCGCCCUUUCCACUUACUUUUAGAAAUUAAUUGCAACUAUUAUACUAACGUAUGUUUCCUAGAAACACCUUGCACAUCGAUGAGAUCGAAGCAGAAACGCCGUCGUGUUCCGGGCGAUACUUUUAAACUCGCACGAUUAAAGUACGUGCAUAGAUUUUAGCAAACAGACUUCGUCCUGUCUCAUUUUAUCUAGCGCUAUGAUUAUACACACACACACACACACACACACACACACAGAGAGAGAAACGUGCGCACACACACAUACAUACACACACACAUAUAUAUACAUAUAUAUAUAUAUAUUUAUCUAUUAGUAUAUAAUAGCGUGUGAAACACCUGAAGACAGUCUGCUGUCUUUUACGUAUUCAAUUCGGGGGAGUAUAAUUUGCAUACAGUGAACCUCGUCAAUUGCAACUCACGAGCUUAUGCAUUUAGCCGAGAGGGAAAACGAAAAACGGAAGAGAAAAUAAACCGAUCGUAAGGAAAACACAAAAAGGGCGUAACGCGGCGGAGUGAUACGAUAGAGUUAACGAAUGAUUAAGAGAAAAUCGAUUAAAAUACGAAAAAGAAAAAAAAAGGGAAAAAAUAACAGAAAAAGACAUGCAUUUACGCGAUUAGCGGAUACGAAUAGAAAAAAAAAAAAGAAACAGAAACGAAAGCACGCAUUAAGGAAAAGGCUGAAUUCGAGAGAAAAGAAGAUACAGAGAGGAAGAUGAGAGGAGGCUCUCGAUAAUUAUUGUAAACGGAGAAAAGGACAAAGCAAAAAGAAAACACUUACACAAAAGAGAAACGUAUAUGAAACGAGUUCACAUGCGCAUUAAUGGUACACGACCGCACAAAAACGUUCAACAAAUACACGCGAAAUAAUCGUCAAGAGGACGAAGAAAUAUAUACAUUAUAUAUCUAUACAUGCAUACGCGUUAAAUAUAAUUAGCAUACAUAUAUAUAUAUACGAUAUUUAUUUGCGUACUUCUUAUCGAACAAUAAUUAAUUCGAGUACAUGAGAGUGUAACAUGACCGAAAACGCGGUCAUGUUGCGGGAAAAAGAAAGGAAAUAUCGCUCGCCGAUGAGUAAAACAGAAAGGGAGACAGAGGAGGUAUUCUCUGUCUUGCGUAUUCGUACUCGUGUCUACCAGUGAUUUGAAAGUUCGUUUAGUCGAAGUAGCGAUUACGAUGAUUACAAUGAUGAUAAUGAUACGAUAAUAACUAACGAUGAAAAAAGAAAUAUAUAUAAAUAUACGUAUAUUAUAUUUAAACAUAUUGUAGAUCUAUAUAUGUGUGUAAAUAAUAAUUUUCUCUACGUAUGAAGGAAUAAACAAGAGUAUAUUGUAUGUAUAGAUAUUCAUAUAUGUAUUGUAUAUAAGUACAUACAUAUUAAAAUAUUCACUGGCGUGUACAGUGAAGAGGAGAAAGAGGUUAAAGAAAUCAGACGAGAGUAGCCGUGGAGUACGUGGUACUACGUGAUGGCGAUUAUUUAAACAAAAUUGAAAUUAGUAUUUUUGUAAGCAGGAAUUAGUUUCCUUUAAUCCGUACACCAUUGAUUCAUUGUCAAGUGAAUUGUAAAAAAAAAAGUUUUGUUAUUCUUAUUUUGUUAAAAGUUUAAAAAGAAAGUAGGAAGUUGUCGAGUAUCUGAAAGAGGAAGUUCGCGAACGCGUGUUCUCGUUUCCUCCCGGUUCCUUUCGUUUUGGCCGCGAAAUUUGAAGGCAAUUUUUCUGCUGCGAUUGAAAUAGAUUAUACUAUAUACAUACUUACAUAGACACAUAUGUACACACAGAACAUAUGCACAGAAUGUGCGCGCAAAAUACGACACGCACAAAACGUCGAGACGAUUCGUGGUCGAUUUUUACGGUAUCCUCCCAUUACGGGAGCAACAUUGUUCAGGAAACACGGUCUUCCAUAGCGACAGAGUGUAAACGCGGUUAUUUUGUAUUGACAGACGAAGCAUAGAGGAAGAGAUUGUCGUUAGUUUCGCGGCCAAAAGCGAAGAAACUCUGGAAGAAAGCAAAAUGGCAAUUCGUUGUGAUGGUACUUUUUUGAUGUACAUAUAACGCUGACAAAUACGUAUUCGCAGAGGACACGCGACAUGUAUACACGUACUCUGGCAUACACCUUGCCAUUUACAUCUUUACACGCACGCACACACAUACACACACAUACACACACACAGAUACAAAUGCAGGGUGUAUCUCGUAAAUAUCCCAAUUAGUACGUAGACGUAGAAAACUUUAUAGCGAGCAAAUGAAAAACCGUACUGGAAAAUUUGAAACUAAAGAAUUGUCAUGUAAUACUUCAUUUUUUUAAUACUUAUUUGUCUUAUGGAGAGAGAAUAUUUUCUUGCUAAAAGAUUCUAAAACAUAGAUAGUUGAAAUAUAAAGAGUUUCACACAACGUGUUGCAUCUUGCUGUAGCUACGCUAAACCGAAUGUUUCUUUAUAUAUUUUCGUGCUAGUACUGUUGGAUACACCCUGUAUACAGAGAUACGCAAAUAACGUAUCGAUAUACACGGUUCGUGAACGAAUUCGAACGGCCUCGAAAAUGCCUCGCACAGAGGAUGCGCAUAAGUAUUGUAGGCGUAUUUCCGGUUUCUAACGAGUCACGCACAUGAACCGACAACUCUAGGGUUCCUCAACUCGCUGUUCACACUUGUACGUACACUACCGAGAGGGUGGCUGGAUUUUUCCUAGAUCCUCAGCGAAAUUCUGGAACUGCAUCUUUCCGCGAGUUCGAUUGUUAAACCGAUAUAAACACGAUCGGUAUGCCUGUGCGGUAUCGGUGUAGAAAUUUCAAUAUUUUUGAAAUAUUCGAUGAUAAUUUUAUAAAUCAUUCGUUCCGUUCGUUUAUUUUCUUGCCUUUUUGGAUACUUGUUCGAUUACGAAUCAACUUUUAACGGACAAUCAUCGACGAAAGAAUACGCAGUGCCAAACUUUCCACGAGGUGUCGAUCGAAAAACAGCGCAAGUGCCUUCCCCUUGCACUCGUACACCGUUGCACACAAACGACACACGUGUACUAGAGUAUACAAGAGUAAACUCGAGAAAAACACAUUAAAAAAGCAUCCAACGUCUAAUAUACAUAUAUAAUACUUACAUGAUAUAUAUAAUAAUUAUAUUUAUAUUAAAUACGAACGUAAGCAUACCUAUUGAUUAAUGUUGCAUCCGCAUAGAUAUCGUGCAACGAAAGAAAGUGGUCGGUAUAUGUCGCAAGAUAAUCGACCAUCGUUGCUAAGGUGGUAAUCAUAUUAUAUUACGAACUAUGCCGAUCUAUUAUACAUAUAUACAUAUUAUACAUAUAAAAUGUGAAUUAAGGAUUAUAAACGAUAUAAGAAGGAAAUCCACGUUUCACGGCGUACUACAUACAGAUAGUAUUUAUUAUCAUGUACCGUUUUGUCUCUGAUUUUUUCAAUUAUACUCGUACGUUAUCUCAUGCACGCCACGUCGAAAAAUCGAAUGUCGAAAUAGUCGUGUAUGCAAUCGUCUGAAACGACGUCGGAGGAACGGAUUACAGUCUUUGAAGCUAUUAACGUUAUACCAGCGACAACCUCGGGAACGUAGAAAGAAUGUAGAAGGAAAGAACGUAGAAUGUCGACGAACGAGAAAGAUGCGAUUUAACGAUUGUAAACGGAUUCGAAAGAUUUCUUGACCAUUUGUAUGCGUGUUGGUGUUCACCAAGUCACACAUGAUUACGAUAUACAUAUACAUAUACAUAUACAUAUACAUACACAUGGACACGUAGGUUCACGUUGCACGAUAUCGUCACGUCCAUGGAAGCGAAACGAUGAUGAUAACCGCGAUGAGACGAGAAAAUUCGUCCUAUGAGAAUAGAGGAGAGAAAAAGAAAAAAGAACGACACGUCAUUCAUUUUCCAAUGUCGAGGAAUCGAAUUAACAGUUAUCGAUGGAUUAACUACGUUACACGUACAUACCAUAGAAUACGAUAAUACGAGUAUAUGAUAUAGCCGCGUGUAGCCUGCGUCGUCGACUCACAGAUAAACAGCAGAAAAAGAGUAUACACGUUUAAGAAUCGAGAGAAAAUAAGGGAUAGUAAGGAAAGAGAUAGUGUUAGGUAGAAGAUAAUUUAAUACGAGAAGGAAAAAAACACGAAAUUUUAAGAGAACGAAUGAAAAUGAAACGAUGAUGCAAAUGAGUCUUCGAGGUCCCGAAUGCGUUUUUGCGCGUGCACGCUCACGGGGUUUGUCAAGGAGUCAGCCAGUAUUUGUAAUAAUAAUGCUUGAGAAAUGCAUGAAUAUUUGUUUUA